ACACAGGAAAAAAUCUUUGGCUCCGUAGGUGUUAUCAUUCUUUACUACUCAGUCUACCUAGCAGAAAGUAACAUUUCUGUUAGUGUCCCAGGAAGGCUGCCUGCACUCUCAGUAUCUGCUUUCCAGUUAAUCCAUGAUUUACCAAAAUAAUCACUUAUCAGAUAAGCGUAAGGGUUUGAAAUAAGAUGUUCUGUUCAAUUCUUUUAAACUGUGUACCAGUUGGUUCCUGCAGGAUUCCUGUUCUGGCACUUCUCCCUGAUUCUGCUGAACUGAACAGUUGAUAGUUCAUAUUUUAAUGUUCUUGAACAAACCUGUCAUUCUAACAGUCUGAGUGACUUUUUUUUCCCUUACAAGUAGAAGCGUUCAUAGAAUACUAAAUUUCACUGAAGUAGUCUAACCUGUAAAUACAGUCAGGUCCCAGCUAUUUGUAAAUGAUUUGGUUCCUAACUUAAGCCUUUAUCAGUAUGAAUGUUCUAAGUCCUUCCAGUGGAUAUUGGAGGAAAGAUCAUAGAAUUAUAGAAUAUAUAUAUUAAUGAAGAUAAAUUAUGGAGAUAGAUAUAUUAACGAAAAAUAAAAUGUCAGGUUAAGCUGCUGGAUAUGUCUAAAUUUUCAGCAUUACUGUGUGUUUAACCAAAGCUGAAGUAUUUGCUCAAACUUAGACUUAAAUUGUGACAAAGGAAAGCUCUUCUGUUUUCAGAAAUAUCACUUUUGUAAAUAGUUCUAGGUUCUUGUAACUGGAACAUAGUGGGUGGAAGAGUUUCUUGGCUGCCAAGAUGCCCCCCUUCGCCUCCUUAUUUCAGGUAUAGAAACAUUGUGUAUGCAGUGGAUUUUGGCUUCAGUUAAAUGGAUCAUCCCAUAAUUAAAAAAUACAAAUAUUGUUCUUUAAGCAUAGCCAGACUGUGGCAGGCUGGCUGGGAAUUGAUCUGAUCUGGCAAUGCUGUUGCUAUGAGUUAUUAAAUAACAGAUGUACCCAGCCAGCUGUUUUUAUUCAUAAUUGAGGCAUUUCAAGUCCAGAAAUAGAUACAGCCAUCUGCAUUAAAAGUAAAAUGAUUCCAUCAGUAAAUGAAGAGACAGCUGUCAACAGUUGCUUUUAAUGUCACUAAGUACUAUAUAGUACAGUAUUAAUUUAUAGCAGAAAAUCAUAUCUUGUAAACUGUAUAUAAAACACUGUUUUAUGGUGCAAUCAUUUGUCAAACUUUUGUCUGUUACUUUUGUUUGAAAGAUGUGUACAUUAUUCUUCAAUACCUAAGAGCAUCACUGUAAAAUCUGCUGAAUAUUAUUUAUAGGUUCUAUUUGCACAAGGUUUAAACUACAGAAAGUUCGUAUUGAACAUGCCUAGACAUCUGUAGACUUUUUCAGUUCAUGAAAAGGAAAAGUUCCCAUGCAAGUCUUCUCCAAAGGUAAUCCCGUAUUUAUGUUGAGUGUUUACAUAAACUUUUCUAUUUCUGCCAUUGGUUUUUUGAAGGACAUUUUGUGCAUCACUAGAAAUUCUUCAGUCUCCUGCUUCCAAAUUCUCCAGGGGGUUAUUGCUAUGUGCACGUUGUUUAUUCGGCUAACAAAGCGUGAGAUCAGAAGCUUGAAAUACCUUCAGAGUGAAAACUGUUGGAUGUGUUGAUGUAAAUCUUACGGUUGAGACACGAUCCCCUCAGAGCCAUUUGUUCCAGGGGUGAGCAGAACGUGCUUCCUUGAGUGCACAGCCCGCCACAUUCAGCCUCACGGUGCUUUGCUGGCAGGGACACCCGUUGUACCAGAGCUGGGCAGGGCUGUGCUCCUGAGCCCGACCCUCUGGCCAUGCCAGCUGGGCCCUGCGUUUAAUGCCUGUGUUUCAGAGCUGUUACUUAACCACUUCAGAACACACCUGUAGAUAAUAAAAUUGUCCUUUAAAAACUGUGUGAAGGAUGAAAUAAUGAAGGAAGCGGUGUGUGCCAGCGGCUCUGCGGCCCGGGCAUCCCGUCGCUCCCUGCCCCAGGCCUGGCUGCCUGCGUCCGUCCGCCCGCCUUUACCGAGGAGUGUUUUCUAAGUGCUUACAUUUCUUUUUUUAUUUUUUUUUUAAUCGAUGAUUUCUGAACAAAUGUUAAUACAAACUGUAUAAAAAUGAACAUAAUUUUCUUCACACUUGUAUUUUUGUUAUCAAGUUUAUCAAAAUAAAUUGUCUACUAAAACCCCCGGCCGUGCCUGCGCUGACUGAGGGAAGCCGCGCGGCCGGUGCCGUGCCCUCCUCAGCGCCCCCUGGCGGCGGGAAGCGGCGCCGCUCGGUCUCCAUCGGCAACGCCGUAACACAGCGCGCACGCGGCCGGCUGUGGAGGGGCGGGAAGCCGCUCGGGCUGGCGGUGCUGAGCGGGGGUCCGGGCGGCGGGGCGGUCCGCCAGACUGCCGGGACGUGAGGAGGAAUAGGAGCUGGAGAGCCGUUUCCCGCUGAGGGUGACCGCCAAAGCCAGUGUGCAAGGUGACCAUCCACUACAGCAGGAUUUGACUAUGUCUGAUCUAGAACCAGAUAAUGGGUUGCUGGUAAUCUGUGCUAAUGAGACACAGGAUCUGCUGGUAGACAACAGGAAUGAAGAAAAUGCUGCCUAGCAAGGUGCAAACCACAGAAGAGUGGCUAAGAAACUACAGUUUAGAAUCCUUGCAGUUAACAUUAGAGCAUCUGGUGAACGAAGGCACUAUUAUUUUGGAUUCAAGGAAUGGUGCUGAGGAGAUAGAGCUGGCAGAAGAGGCCGUUACUAAUUUUGAGGCCAGAGUUUCUGAGGCAGUUGAACUUUAUCAGCAACGAAUUCAGUGGCUGUUGAAGGACAGCAGAAAGGUGUUUGGCCUUGUAAAAGGAACCAAAGUUGGACUUGUGGUUGAUGUGUCUGGUCUGAGUGACAGACCUAGACUAGAGGGUUUUCAGAAAGAUCUUUUGUUCUUAAUAGAUGAACAGCUGUGUUAUAAGAAGCAAUUGUACUGCCUCUCAUUUGGUACAGAAACUUCACCUCUAUGGGAGAGUCCAAAAAAUGUUGGUGUUCAUGUGCUAGGUGAAGCAAAACAGUGGGUACAGCAGCUGGCACCUGCAGGAGGCUGCAAUUUGGUGAAAGCCUUAAAACAUGUCCUUACAGUGAAAGAGCUGAAUUCUCUGGUGAUUAUAAUACGAAGCUGCCCUGAUCAGUCUCUGGAAAUACUGGCAGACUAUGCUCAGCAAUGUAUGCUAGGGAGAAAACUUCUGGUUCAUGCUGUUUCAUACGAUUGUGGCAGUCCUGCUGCUAUUGCAACUGUUAAACAGCUUGCAGAAGUUGUCAGUGGCCGCUACCAUUGCUACUCUUCAAAGGGAGAGAAUUCUGACAGUAGUGAUGUUAAUCUGCUGCUUCAGGAAUCACACAAGGCUCAGGACCUACUCCAGAGUAUCAAGCAGACUUUUCAAAGGCGUGUUGAUGGCUCACUUAUUAGUGGAAUAGCAGAUGUUUCCACAGAAGUUGCAAAUGCAUCAAUUCCUUGCUUCCUAUCAAGGCCUCCAAAGUAUGAAGGACCAUUAAUUAUUCAAACACCACGCUUCCUGGCCAGAACUUCAACAGAAUGGUUAAAGACAAAUGGAUUGAAAGCUAAGAAGUUAAACCUUUAUCAAGUUUUGGCUCCCAAUGCUUUUUCUCCUGUGGAAGAAUUUGUACCAAUUCUUCAAAAAACAGUAUCAUCAACUCUACACGAGGCAAGUGAUGGGGACCUGCUCCUUUUCUCUUGUUGGGUUUUUUGUUUGGUUGGUUUGGGUUUUUUUUGUUUGUCUGUAUUUCUUUCUACUGCUACUUUUUCUAAUUAAAAUUGGUGCUUUAUAAGAUAAUGACAU